CAAAGAUGGCGGACGAAGAUGAAGAAGACUACAUGUCGGAAAAAUUUCUGCUUGGCGAAGCGCAAAAUGCCCCAGGAUUAGUUCCAGAUAAGAUAGCAAAAAAGUACAAAAAAGAGUCAAAACAUAACGAGUUAAAUGAACGCAACAAAAUCAAACCAAUUCGAAUGCGUGAGUCUGAACACAGAGAACAAGGUCUUGCGAGUGCUUUGGACAGCAGCAACAAGGGAUUUGCUAUGCUGCAGAAAAUGGGCUUUAAACAUGGAAUGGGACUGGGAAAAGACGGUAUGGUUUAUUAUUGUCUUGCAAACUAAUAAUUAGUGAAUUUUUCAAUAAUAAAUAAUAAAUAUUUCGAGCACACAAUAGUUGUCAAACGUGGUAGGUAAGCUACCACUUGUUACCUCUUCUCGCUUCUUUCCCCAAUCCCCUGGCUCAAUGUUGUACCCGUAACAACUUUUUUGUCGGGGAUUGUAGUUUAUUACAGUUGGGCACCCACACCAAGCAUUAAUUUUGACCUUCGUAAAGAGGGACACCCACCCACUGCCAGUGGAUGUAGCAGUUUUCUACCACCUCGCCAUUUGCUCAGGGCCCAUUGAAAAAAUAUUUUCUACCACCUCCAUUCUUUGUAAGCUUACAACAUACUUGUCCAAUACUCUGACAAAUUUAUGGAGGGGGACAUGGGGGUUUACGGUAUUGCGGUAUUGGGCUUUUUUUCAUGCGGUAUUUGGGUAAUUUUAAUUUUAACGUGCGGUAUUGUGGUAUCGUUUAGCCUUGCGGUAUGCGGUAUUUCAUCAUUUUGGCUGACGGUAUUCGGUGAAAUAUGAUUGUUUACGGUAUUGCGGUACGGUUGUUUGCGCUUUCCUUUCGAUACAAGACGCAAAACAAAACACAGUAAGACAUAAAGGUCAAGAAAAGUUAAUAUUUAGAAGUCUUUAGACAUAAUGGUAAAUUAUUACACCAUUUGUGGGUCAUUUUGUGACAGUUAAUGGUCGAUAAUAAUAGGUCAAGAUACAAUGAGAUUGUUGUUGCAUCCAAUGACAAUGAGUUGUCUCAAGUUACCUUACCAGGCACGUGUGCCGGUAAUUCGAGGUCUUACACGUUUUCUCACGAUGGCUGAGGUCGCUUUGGUUCAAGACGGUCAAGACGGCGAAGUCAUCAUUGACUGCGUUGCAAUUUUUUACGAAGAAGGCAAAGGAGGGGAAAAUUAUCGCAAGAAAAAUAAAUUUCGAUGCCGGGUUUCAAGUACAGAAAAACGGCUUGUAAAGUUAAAGGAGAGGAGUUGGUAAGUUUGCUUCUUUAGUUCUUACAGGUGCGGCGUGUGAAAUAGGUCAGAUAGUCGAGAUAGGUGACUCAAAACUCGCACUAGACGUGCGUGGAAAGGGUUUUGGUUGGUUUGUUUUUUGUUUUUGUUUUCAAGCUUUCAAGAGUUAUUUCCAUACGAGUUAAUUAGCUGUUGGAUCGACCAAUAAGACCCUAUAACCAGAAUUGUCUGUGAGCUAGGUACUCGCAGUUUGCCAGGAAGGUCAGGAAGCCGUUUAGUCCAUUUGAAGUUUAGUCGUUUAGUUUUAGUCCAUUUUCUCACGAAAAAAUAGGGAACUGUGAACAGUCUAAACCGGUUGUAGUAAUAAUGACGCCAUCAUGCAAAUGCCCUUUAGAAAACCGUUUUAAGGUAAGAGAAUUGUUCUUCACUAUUAGGACUGUAUUAGGGAUCACGCCUCACUGUAUGCUUUUCAUUUUGUAUACUCCUACCAAAAGGUUGAACGAAUGAAGUUUACUUUUCAGUGAAAAUUUGCGAAAAAUUUGCGAACUACCAAAAUAUUAAAAAAAAACAUGGACAUCUUUGUGCAUAAAUGCCUGAGAUAAUUAAACGUGAUAGAUGGAAGCAACCAUAAGUAUGCGGAACCGAUUAUAAAUGUAAUUAAAAUAUGCGGUAUCGGUAUUUAGUCGAUUUGCGACGCGGUAUUUUGGUAUUUGCCAUUUUUUCGUACGGUAUUGCGGUAUUGGGUACCCCCCAAUGUCCCCCUCUUUAUGCAUGGCGUAGUUAAAUUUCUCAUUGUUUUGCUUUUUUCUUUGUUGUUAUGCUUUUGUACAGUAUUGUAAUGUGAAGACAAUACAAUACAGUGCCAUGCAUAAGUUUCUCGGAGUAUUGGACAACCGUCACUUACAACCCAUCAUCUACUGAGGACACUUGUCCACUCAGGGGAAUGGAAUCCUCACUUAGGUGCUCAUCUUUUAUAUAAAGAAAAAAAUGGCCAAUAACCAACUGUAGUUGCCUGUCUCAUAGAGGUGCGAUUUUAGAGAAGAUUGACUGGACAAUUAUAAAAAAGAUGUUUACUUUAAAAAAUGUAUGGGACUGUUCCGAAUUUUUUCUCUUUCACACUGCCACUCACUCAACAACACAGUUUCUUUGAAAACCAACAUCAUUAUUUUUCCUCUAAUAGUGUCUCUGUCUUGAUAUUUUUUCAUAGGGACUGGCAGAGCAGAGCCAAUACCAUUGUCUAUAAAGGCAGGUCUGUAACAUAAUGUCUACCAAAAUUACUUCUGCUGUUUGCAAUAUUAUUUAUCAUGUCACCAGUUGGCUUGAUUCGCUCAAUGAGUUAAAAAGUUAAACCUUUUGCUGUGGUCAGUUUUUUAAUUCCUGACCAAAGUAUUGAUUUUUUUCUGCUGCUUGAGUUGGUAAGGUGACUGCUUCUCUUUUUCACAAAGAUCGCGGAGGCCUUGGUCAUGAUAUGCUCUUAAAGAGACAGAGAGAAGUGAAAGAAGUGUUGAAACAUGAAGCUGCAAAGAAAAGAAUGAAGAUCGAGGAGAAUCAGAGAGACAGUUUCAGGCAACACAUGAGUGGAAAGUUUGCAGAGAGACAAACGGCAAGUGACUUGUACAAGAGUCAGAAAGCAUGCGAACAGUUGGAUAGAUCAAAGGUAAAAAGAUCUGACAAGUCUGACAAAAGUUGCUUUACAGCUCUUCAUAGAAUUAAAGGAAAACAUUUUAAUCACCUGGAGCCCUUGUGCAAAUGUCACAGAUCUAUAACUGCAAAACCUUGCGAAAGUUAAUUUUUCAUCGAUUAUUCAUGGAAAUCCUCAAUAGUUGGUACUAACAAUGUGUACUGUCAUGCAACCAACUAAAACACUUUCCCAAGUUCCUGGGUAAACAGGUACAUGUGUACCGAAAAACAUUAUUAUUAUUAUUAUUAUUAUUGUUAUAGUAAUUCUAUUACACAGAUGUCCCUUUUCAAUGUGAAAGAAAGGAAAUAGGAGAUAAUCUUCCUGCAGGCUUAUUCACCUGUAGUUUUUAAAGUUCACUCAUGCUUAUUAUAGAGGCACAUUUCUUGAAUUUUUUAUUUUUGUGAAGUUUUUCUUUUAAAAUAGAAAAAAUAGACAGUAGCUUAUGAGAGUGACUUUAAGGUAUCCAAGACUCACUCUUGUCCCUCCCUCACCCCCAACCUCAGGAGAGCUCGCUUGUAGGCCAAGAUAUCCAAUAUCAGUAAUAAUCUUGAUUGGUUUUUUAGAUAGUGGUCAAUGUUAUAUAUUACAACUGCAGAGUGAAGAAUUAAAUGUAAAGAAGAUUAUUACGAUUGUAUAUGCAACUUAUUUUCAGUUGCAAAAGGAAAGCCUGAAUAGGAGUCAAACCUUUGACCUCAGCGAUUAUUACUGAUGCAGCACUCUAAAAUUAAUGUUUGAGUUAACCAGCCAACUGGGAGCUGGUUAUCAUUCGUUAAUAUUCUUAGUCAUUGUUGGUUUACAGGACUUGCCAUGUGUUGUAAAGUGGUUUUGGCCGGAGACAAAACCUGAUAAGGAGGAGAGUGAAGAGGAGAAGGAAAAAGAUGGUACGGAGGAUGCAGAUGAUGAUGAGGAGGAGGAGGACGAACCAGAGGUCUGCCGUAAAAAAAUCAGUGUCUUUUUUUAUUAUGUUAUUCACUGCCAGGAGGGUCUACUUUCGAUUUUUAGACUCUGCUAUCUAGCAAAUUCCGUUAAAGUACUACACUUUUCAAAAACACACGCACUCUGAAGUUCAAAAGCCAAUUGACGUUUGCAUUUUUCACUGCCGUCAAUCAUCCUAGUGGACCUCUUAGGAAACAGAACUUUACUUAAAUGGAUUCAAAAGGUCAUGGUUUGUGAUCUGUGAUUGGUGGAUUUCAAUCCGUUUUUGUUUCAGGGUUUGUUGCCUGUGAUCGUAAUAAUUACGUAAUUAAUUAUUAUGAUUGACAGCAGUGAAAAGUGCAUUAAAUUGUGAAUGCAGCUUUUGAACUUAAGAGUUCGCGUGUUUGUGAAAAGUACAGUAAAGAGUUAUUACUUUUGGAUCUACCAAGGAGGAACAGGGCUGCACUCAUGUCGAGCUUGGUGGUCCCUGGCGCCUAACUUUUGUGCACAGGUGACCAGAAAAUCUUAGUUUUUUCAUGCAAAUCAUAUGCUGGCCACUCUAGAUUUUACAGGCUCAGAGCAUUGGGCUCCGUUCAAUUUCCCUUAAAGAACAGCCUUGAUGAAAAGGGUGGAGUCUUUUCACGAUGUAACAUUUUAAAAACUAGUGAUUAACGUAUUCCUGUGCCAUGGUUAAUAUUGAUCAACUUUGUUUAUAUAUUUGCUGAUUUCUUGUGUGUUUGUGUUAGCCAGCAGAAAAGCUUGUCCACCUCACUAUGUACCUCAGACGAACUCAUCAGUACUGUAUAUGGUGUGGCACCAAGUUUGAUGGUAGGAAUCCUUCAAUUUGAACAAAAUGGUAGAAAUGUUGCCUGUAAGCACAUAUUGACAUUCUAGUAGUAGGAUGUUCAUUCACGAUGCAGGAUGUUUGUCACAUGAACCUAGUUUGUGGUCUUAGCUCCCAUGAGUCUCCGGUCACUUAGUGGUAGAGUAUUUGGACUAGUCAUAGUAACCAGAAGCCGGGGUGGGGGGGUGGUGGGGAGAGUACUCUGGAUUUCAAGUAACGGGAAUGAGCGAAGGUUUUUUUGGGGUUUGAAAUCUUCAAUUCUGGGAUUUUUGGGGGGUAGGGAAAUUUGUAAAGUAUUUUUUGGGGUGGCUUGAUUUAAGUGGGGGUUUUGUUCGAAACCCUAGGGAUUGUUUGUGGGUUUUGAUUUUUCCCCCAUUCGAUCAUCCCAUCACUAAUGAAAUCCGGAGUACCCCUCCCCCCGGGGCCAGAAGGUCAUAGGCUUGUUGCCUGCAACAAGUUCUUCAGGGACACUCUAGAAGCGGUGUGAAAAAAGUACCCUAGUUGAGAGUACUCAGAUAAUUUCUUCCCAGGCACCUAUGUCAUUGACUGAAAAAAUAUAUUUCCCGUAGUCACCAGGCUCAAAAUUCACUAUCACAUUUCUGUUCCAUUUCAGAUGAUCAAGACAUAGCAGACAACUGUCCGGGAGACACCGCACAGGAUCAUGAAUAACAGAUAAUUAAUGGAGAGACAAAAUACUUGAGCACCAUCUGCAGGAAAAAAAGUUCAUUAAAGCAAAGCGUUUUAUCCCCUGCACAAGAAAUAUGAGCAGCUGAAAAACAGAAGAAAGGGGUUAGUUUAUGAAAUGAAGACCUGAAGACGGCAGACCGGGAAGAGAACAAUAAACUGAUGAACGUUUUUGGAGUUAACAUCGGGUGACUUUCAUGGUGGAAAAUUUCCGCGUAUAUAUCUGCUGUUGUUUGGUCCAUUAUGCAGAGAACAUUGCCACUCGCUUGAACAUAGCGCUUUGGGCAUUAAACCCCGCAAUGGACUCAGAUGGACCGCUUUGCUUUCCGCCCAAGAGCGAGUAUAAUCAAUAUGCCUACAUCCAGCUGGUCCAUGUCAGAUCUGAGUAUUGCCGUAGACUUC